UCAGUUACUAGUUUAUUUAAAGUACUGAGCUCAAGCUACUGAGAUUAAUUUAAAACAGGGCAUUUCUGUUCCUUAGCAACAAAUUUGCUAAGCAACAACUUUCUUUCCUUUUCUCUUAAGUGAAAAGUGAUUGAUUAUAAGUGAAGUAACCAUGGUGUUAGGCCUAAAAGUAUCCCACCUGUUUGCAUAAUACCACGGCUGAUUUAGCUGUAAAACCUUCUUCAGAUGGUAAUGGGAGUAAAUAGCGGGAAGAGGCUAAAGUCCUUGUCCCUUGUCCACUGAGGAAUGUGCCUCGUCAUCACAACAUGCCCUGGGGCAGAUGAGGAAAGAGGAGGGGGCAGUUCUCAGCUGGGACUUUCCUCUCGUCCCCAGAGCAGUGAGAGCGCGGUGGCCGGAGCGCCGGAGAUGUGGCCCGGUGCAGGCGCGGAGGAGCGAGGCUAUGUCGCGGUGGGGGGACCAAACUGGACUUCUUCUGAUCCCACCUCUGCUACUGGCCUUGCAGCUGCUAGUGCUGUGGCCCAGAUUGCCCAGUGCUCACCGCGAAGGCACGGAGAAGCAGGGUGAAGCGGUGUUCAGCGUUAUAAGCAUUGAGCCGGAAACACGCCAGAGGGGGCAGCCUGCACGAGGAGCCGGUGUGCGCCAGGAGGAGGAGGAGGGGGUGCAGCGGGUAGAGCGAGGGGGGCGUGAGGGGUUGUAUGAGGACGAGAAUGAGAUGAACUCGCGACAGAUGGGACCAAAUACUCUGGAGAUGCAGCCUUGGGCUGCCAAUAUGACGUUUGGCGCGGAGCUGAACCGCAUACUAAAGUAUAUCAAUAAUCCACAGCUAAACUGCUCCAAAGUUUUCUCUUCAGGUGAGGCACAGGAGCCAGAGCCCACAGCAGCCCCUCCCCGUUGGCUGCUUUGUGCUGAAGAGUGGCUGCUUCCUACAAUGAAUGGCCCAUGUAUAGCAUACAGCUUCAGUAUGGACGGGGGAGACAGAGACUUUCAAAGCACCAUGUCAAGGCUGGGAUGUGAAGUUCAUAGUUUUGAUCCCAGCAGCUCCAAUACAUCUGGUGGUCACCUUGGCAACAGUUUGGCAAGUAACGGAGGAGGCGUGGUGAGCCGGCAUAAGAUGUGGCUGGAGUGGCGUAGUUCAAGGAAAAGUAGACGCAAGAUGAGAAGAAACUUGGGCAGUGUUUCUCUCACACUGGCAGACAUCAUGGCAGCUCUGGGACACCACACAGUUCACUUCCUGUACGCAGACCUGCUGAGCGCUGAAUGGCGUGUUUUCCAGAACUGGAUUGAAUCAGGCACACUGCAGCAUAUCCAUCAUGUGGUGGCCACAGUGAACCUCCAAUGGGCCGGGUUUGAGGUCGCCGGGACGGACCAGGAAGUGCUACGCUACUGGUUCAGUGUCCUACAGGGACUACAGGCCUCUGGGCUCAAGCUGGUCCACAGCUCUGCAGGAAAAGGACACACUGUCCUCAAAAGGACUGUAGCAGACGCUCACAGCAUCUACACACUGAGCUGGGUCAACACCAACCUCUAACACAAGGCCCGCAGAGACAAAGACAAACUUAUAUUAAUGAUACAGAUGUUGUCCACAUUGAUGUAUUCUUCUGUAAAUGCAGAGCUCCCUCUAUUGGUGAUGGAAAGAUUGCACAUUUGAAAAAGCAAAAAUA